AUGGCAAUGGGUCAAGGGCAUCAGAUGCAGCAGGUUCAGAGGAUGGUUGUAUGUUGUGAAAUUUGUGGAGAAGAGAGGCGGAUUGGGGGGUUGGGUGCACAACAAAAUACCCGACCUACUGGAACACUCCCAAGUGAUACUAAGAAAAAUCCCAUUGAACAAGUGCAAGCAAUUAAUCUAAGCAGUGGGAAAGCAUUUAAGGAGGUGCCACUUAAACAAUAUGUGCCUAAAGAACUUUUCGAAAGAUUGGUACCUCAACCAGAGGUAGAAGCUGAAAAGAAAGAUGAUGAACACAGGAAAGAGAUAGAGGUGCGUGUGAAUCUUCCUUUAGUAGAAGUGAUGCAAGAAGUGCCUAAAUAUGCUAAGUACUUAAGAGACAUUGUGGUCAAUAAAAGAAGGUUGACAGAGUUUGAAACGGUUGCACUUACUGAGGAGUGUAGUGCUAGAGUACAGAGUAAGCUCCCGCCUAAGUUGAAGAAUUCAGGUUGUUUUACAAUUCCCUUGGCAAUUGCAAAAUACAAGCUCAACUUAGGAGCACCAAGGCCUACUACUAUAACUCUACAUCUCGCAGAUCGGUCAUUAGCAGUGCCUGAAGGAAUUAUUGAAGAUGUGCUGGUGCAAGUGGGGAAGUUCAUCUUUCCCGCCGAUUUCAUUAUUCUUGACUACAUGGCCGAUGAGGAGGUUCCAAUUAUUUUGGGGCGACCAUUCUUGGCCACUGGAGGGGCACUUAUUAAUGUGAGGGAGGACAAGCUAAAGAUGAUAGUGCAUGAUGAAGAAGUCACAUUUAAUGUGUACAAUGAGCUUAACCUUCCUAAGCAUUAUGAGGACUUAUGCAUGAUCUCUGUGGUAGAAUCGAAGUUGAUAGAGCAAGGUCUUUAUAUGGAGCCUAGUAGCAUGGAAAAGAAAAUCAGGUUAGAAGAAGUGGUGUUGCAAGCUGAAUGUGUAAAGGUAGAAGAGAAAAGGGUUAGAGAGGAAAGAGGAGAUCCUCCUAGAGCACGCAAGAAGGAAAAACUCCAUGGAAAGAGGAGGAAAUGA